CGCCUUGCAAGGGGGCGCAUCCAGCACUGCAGCCUCCCAGGGCCCAACCCACAGCCAGCGAGCUCCGAUGCUCAGAGAGGCAGGAAACGGGGCCAGCCAGGGGGACUGGAGAGCGGCUGCACUUUCCUGCGCCCCCGCCGAGGAGAGCGGAGGAGCAGCGGCCAGUGGCCUGGCGAGUUUCUCCGGAGAGGAGCCGGAUUCCGGUGCAGGGACGGAGCGAGGAGUCAGAGCAGGGUGGUGUACAAAUGGAAGAGCAGGGGCCGAGGAGACUCAUUCAAAGGGCGAGACUGGAAUCCAAAGGGAAAAAAUUUCCUGUGGGCCAAGUUGGGACCGUCAGGGAUCUUCUGCCACGGGCAGAUUUACAUCAAAUUAAGCAGGAGCCAGAGGAGCGGCAGCCACAGCAGCACUGGGAUGCCCAGUGGCAGGAUUUCCUGAUGACGAUGCACCCCCCUCGUUCAAGGUGGGAAACCCCGCAGGCUCCCAGUCCUCCCCACUCUGGGGAUGGUGUCCUCCCAGCCUCCUUCAGGGGAGCUGCGGAUGUCAGUCAGUGGCCCAGUAGGAGACCAGGGGGGACCAACCAGACCCUACCAGACUUGUGUGGGGAAUCACAAGAGGAAGGAGGGGAGCUGAUUUCCUCUGUGAAAGUGAAGGAGGAGAUCCUGGAUGAGGAGGAAGAAGACGAUGCCAUGAGGUCGGAGAUAGAGCGGCAGUGCUUCAGGCGGUUCUGCUACCAGGAGGCCGAGGGGCCCCGAGAGGUCUGGCUUCGGCUCCAGGAACUUUGCUCCCGGUGGCUGAAGCCAGAGAGGCGCACCAAGGAAGAGAUUGUGGAGCUGCUGGUCCUGGAGCAGUUCCUGGUCAUCCUGCCUGCGGAAAUGCAGAGCUGGGUCAAGGGAUGCAGGCCAGAGACCUGUGCCCAGGCAGCGGCCCUUGCUGAGGACUUCCUGCUGCGGCUCCAAGACACCGAGGGGCUUCCGAGAAAGGUGUCUUGGCCUGCAGAAGAUAUCGCUAAUUCCCCAAAGUCCGAACAAGAUCUGUUAGACACAGCGGACACUCAUCUCUCUGCAGAGGCUGAGGAGGAGAGCGAAGAGGAGGCCAGCUUUCUGGGCAGCGACCAAGCAUAUGAGAAUGGCGGGGAGUCCUUCCCCUUUGAAAGGCACCCACAAGUGGGCAUCAGCGGAGUGUCCUUGGCAAGACUCAACGGGAAAUUUUUCCAGGUUUGUGGGUUGGAAGAGAUGCCAGGCGAUCAACAGAGCCAAGGAAGCCACCGGGAGAACUCAGCAGAGGUCCAAGCUUUUAUUUGUGAUGAGAGCAACAGAGGAAGCACUUUUCCCGAGGGAAGCCAGAAGGCGAAGAGGAAAAGGACAGGCCCUGACUGGGGCACUGUUUUGCGUCGGAGCUUUGAUUUCCCUCGGAAUCAGAAGGUGCAAAAGCUAUACACAUGCACCUACUGCGGGAAGAUUUCCAACAACAGCGCACACAUGAUUAUCCACGAGAGGACCCACACCGGGGAGAAGCCGUACAAGUGCUCGGAGUGCGGCAAGUGCUUCAGCACCAACUGCAACCUUAUGAAGCACACAAGAGUCCACACGGGCGAGAAGCCGUACAAAUGCUCUGACUGUGGGCGGAGCUUCAGCGACAAGGCCUCCCUUAUCGUACACGAGAGAACCCACACGGGAGAAAAGCCUUACGAGUGUCCGAUGUGCGGGAAAAGCUUCACCUCCAGCUCCAACCUCAUCACUCACAAAAGGGUGCACACGGGAGAGAAGCCGUAUAAGUGCUCCGAGUGCGGGCAGAGCUUUGUCCACAGGCCCCAGCUCGUCAUCCACAUCCGGACGCACACGGGAGAGAAGCCGUACGAGUGCCUGGAGUGCGGCAAGAGCUUCAAUCAGAAAGCAGACCUCAUUAUACACGGGCGAACCCACACCGGGGAGAAGCCGUACGAGUGCGCGGAGUGUGGGAAAAGCUUCAUCUCGAGCUCCUACCUCCGGAAACACGAAAGGUUGCACACGGGGAAGAAAACCCAAGCCGGGGAAGAAACCCACAAGUGCAGCUACUGCAGGAAGAGCUUCAUCAGCCGGUCCAAACUUCUCAUCCACGAGAGAACGCACACGGGAGAGAAACCCUUUGAGUGCGCCGAGUGUGGGAAAAGCUUCAGCACUAGCUCCAACCUUGUCAAUCACAAGAGGGUGCACACGGGAGAGAAGCCCUAUCAGUGCAUGGAUUGUGGGCAGAAGUUCAGCACGAACUCUAACCUUGUCAAUCACAGGAGGGUUCACACAGGGGAGAAGCCCUACGAGUGCUCGGAUUGUGGGCAGAGCUUUGGCCACAAAGCAUCCCUUAGACGACACAAGAGAAUCCACUCGAGAGAGACCACCUCCUGAGUGCUUGCAUUGCGGACAAAGGUUGAUACCAGCUCUUGUCACAGGCUUGUAGGAAGCUGCCUUAUAUCAAGUCAGAGACCGUGGGCCUGUCUAGCUUAGGAAGGGCUGUUGCUCUGUGAUAGAGCACCUGCCUUGCUCGCAGGCAGUCCUUGGUUCAAUCCCCGGUGUUGCCAGGUAGGGCCGUGACUGUCUUGUCUGAAACCCUUGAGAACCACUGCCAGUCACUGAGCUAAAUGAACCGGUGGUCUUACUUGGUAUAAGGCAACUUCCUAUUUCUAGUUCAGAAUUGGGUGCUUCCAGAUGGGUGUUCCACGGUGGGAUAAGUGCUCCUCACCUUAUGCCAGCCCAUAUCCUCG